AUGCUCUGUGCCCAGCUCCUUGCCCUGGCAGCGGCCAUGGCACAUUACAGAGCCAUGGCCAUUCAUGAAGUGUGCAGGACAGCAGAGGUGGCCGAUGUCUUGUUCCUCGUGGGGCAGUCCCAGGGUGCGGAGACAGAGAGCACAUGGCUCGUGAAGGACUUCAUCAGCGGCAUGGCCCGCUCCUUUGAGAACGUGGUGAUGGGCAAAGGAGGCAUCCGGCUGGCAGUGGCACUCUAUGGAGAGAAACCAAGGAUGAGUAUUGAACUGACGGAUUAUGUGACCAUCGAAGAAAUACUGGUGGCAAUUCAGGAGCUCUCGUUCAAAAGAAGCAACCUAAAAAUGGGGGCUGCCCUGGCGUUUGCAGCUCAUGCCAUGUCUCGCCCAGCCACGUUGCGAGAGGAUGCAGCAAAGGUAGUUGUUUUGAUCACGGAUGGGAAAUCCAGCGACUCAGCUGAAGACAAAGCCCACGUCCUGCAGGAUCAGGGAGUGACAGUAUUUGCUGUAGGAAUUAAGGAUGCUGACAAGCAGGAACUGAACAAAAUAGCUUCUGAGCCCACAGCAGAGCACGUGGUUUACGUUGACGAUUUCCACCUGCUCCACAACGUGGCCCCCAAGCUCUCUCGAAGGCUCUGCUUCACUGCCUCAGAGCCACCACGGCCCAUCAAGCAGACUGUGCAAGCUGAGAAGAUCGUUGGCCCCCGGGAUCUGCACGUCAGUGAGCACAGCCACAGCUCACUGCGGCUCACGUGGAUGCCAGCUACAGGGAGGGUGAUGGGGUACCGGGUCCACUUGCAUCCCUUGUUGCCUUCGGGGCAGCCAGUUUUGGAGGACCAGCGGCAGAUCACAGUGGAUGGUGACAAACGCACCGUGCUGCUACCUGAUCUGAAACCCAACACCAAGUACGUCUUCACGGUGAGAGCUGUCUAUACAGAUGCCCUUGGGGAAUCAGCAGCUGUCAAGGGGAAGACUACACCUGUGCCUCCAGUCACUAAUUUCCGGGUGAUAGAAGAAGGACUUUUUAGCUUGAAGGUUGCUUGGACACCUCCCCUGGGCAAGCUGGAAGGCUACAAGAUCUACAUCCCCAGAGCUAACAGACUGGGAAUGACCUACGAGCAACUUCUGCGGGGCGACAUCUCCUCCCAUGUGCUGGAUAACCUGCAGGAGGACAGAGAGUACAGCGUCAGCAUCUACGCCGUGUACCCCCAGGGGCCAAGCCAGCCUGUGGCUGCCGUGGGGAGAACAUUGAAGCUCCUGCCCGUGAAAAGCAUCUUGCUGCAGAAUGAGACCACUGACACGCUGCAGGCGAGGUGGAGCCCUGUCCGGGGAGCAACAGGCUACAGGCUCACCUGGACAUCAGCAGAGGGCAGCAUCCAGGAUGUGAACCUCAGCAACGCCUACACCUACUACAUGAUCCAGGGGCUGCAGCCUGGCACAGAAUACAAUGUCACCAUCAACCCCAUCUUCGGAGAUGUCGAGGGGCCGGUGGUGAGCGCAAAAGCAACCACAGUGGCUUCAAGCACUGUGCAGAUGCUGAAAGUGAGCGAAAUAUCCAUCAGUGGUGCUCUGGUCUCCUGGGACUCGGUUGCUGGGGCCACUGGGUACCGAGUGGCUUGGGGUCCUACACCAGAAUUCUUUGGCAAAGACCGUCCUCGGCAGCUGUCCGUCAACAAGUCGAUCACAGCCUACAGGCUCCGCAACUUGGCCCAUGACACCGAGUACGUGAUUUCCCUCUAUGUGCUCUUUGGUUCAGUGGAAGGACCAGGGAUCACGACCUCAGCCAGGACAUCUCCUCUUGGCUACGUCUCCAAUUUCAAGGUGACAUCCUACACCAACACAAGCCUGUCUUUGGUAUGGAGUGCCACAGCAGCUGCCACCAAAUUCAAACUCACCUGGAGCCCUGUGGGAGCAGGCAAAGAAAACCAGGUUGCCAAGACUCAGUACCUGGGCAGUAGGGUGCUGGCUCACCGAAUCGACCACUUGCUGCCUGACACCCAGUAUAAAGUCAGCAUUCAGGCUGUCUUCAGCAAGACCGAGGGGCCAGAGGUGACUCUGACUCACCGCACAGCAUCUCUCGCAGACUCCAACCCCAUCCAGACCAUCCAAGAUCUGAAGAUUACUGACACUGGUGUAAAUAGUUUGAAGCUGUCUUGGAAGAGGCUUCCAGGGGUAACUCACUAUAAGAUAUCCUGGGUGCCAUUCAAUGGUGGCUUGGAAACCUCACAGUUGGUUGAAGCAGAGACCAUCUCGUUCACUAUCCCCAAACUGAAGGAGGGCACCACCUACACUGUCUGCGUGUCUGCGGUAAUCAGGGGCCAGGAAGGAAGCCCCACGAUCCUCACAGCUAAAACCCUGGAUUUACCCAAAGUGACCGAGUUCACGGUGCAGGAAGCUGCAGAGACCAGUGUUUUGCUGACUUGGGCGGCUGUUCCUGGUGCAUCCAUGUACCUAUUAACAUGGCGCUUGUCCUCAGCUUCUGAUCUUUCCCUGGAACUGUUAUCAGCAGCUUCGAGAUCAUACCGAGUGACAGGGCUGAGCUCCAAGGACAUGUAUUUGUUUUCCAUAAGGCCAGUCUUUGGAAAUACAGAGGGACCAGAAACAACACUCACUGCACAAACAGGACCUCACACAGAUUCAACUGCAAUGGUCUCUCCCGUGACUUCUACAAAAUUGGCUGCAAGGAGAUCCCCAAUCACAGCUCCUAGCAAUGUGAGGACCACUCCUCUCCCACUAGCCACGGCCACAACAUUAGCACCAACCCCAGACACCCUGCCAGCCACCACCAUAGUGUCUGCACCACUGACAACUCUCCCUGGGCCAAUCUGUGGCAAGUUCAAAGCAGAUGUUGGGUUCCUGGUGGAUGAGUCCUCAAGUAUUGGACAGAGCAAUUUCAACAAAGUGAAGGAUUUCCUCUUCCGGAUCAUUUCCUAUUUCCCUAAGAUUGGGCCUGAAGGGACACAGGUUGCUGUUGCACAGUACAGCGAGGAGCCCAGGGCAGCCUUCCACUUCCACCAGCACCAGGACCGCAACAGCGCCCUGAAAGCCAUCAAGGAGCUGCACUACACUGGAGGCAACACAAAAACAGGUCGUGGUAUAACCUACAUGCUAAAGGAGUUAUUUCAGUCCUCCAGAGGGAUGAGACCAGAGUUCCCUCACAUGCUGGUUCUUGUGACUGAUGGGCAAUCCCAGGACGAUGUGCUGCCACCAGCCAGAGUAGCCCAUGCUUUGGGAAUCCGCAUCAUUGCUGUGGGCGUCUCAGGAGCCGACCCUGCUGAGCUCAACAGCAUCUUGCUGCAGCAGAACCUCCAGAACGUUUUCUACGUCAACACAUUUGAUGACUUCCCCCAGAUCCUCCGAGAGCUGAUAGAAGUCAUUUGCUCUGAUCCUCAGCCUUCAGGGGCCCAAUUACCUAAUGGGGAGGUUGCCACACAUGAAGCCAACAAGCACUUGCUGUUUGAUGACAUGGUAAGCAAGCUACACCUCCCUGCCCCAUCAUCAGCUCAACCACACCCCCAAAAAGGAGAGGAGGCUUGUGGUCCCUGGUGUCUGAAGAGCUUCAGGGGCUCACCAACUCGUGGAGGCUACGACUCGUACGGGUUUGUUAUGAAGGGAGAGAAAGGAGAGAGGGGCCUGCCUGGGAAGGAUGGCAUUCCUGGGCUGCCAGGUAGGCCGGGGAGGACAGGUCCUCCUGGUCCCCCAGGGCUCAUGGGUCUUCCUGGCAUCCAAGGUGAUAUUGGAGCUCCUGGCUAUCCGGGACCAGUGGGGCCAAAAGGAGACCGGGGUGAACCGGGCUAUGUCCUGGGAGGAGUGGAGGUGAUUCCUGGCCGAAAUGGGCAGCCUGGCCCCCCUGGACAGAAAGGACAGCCGGGAGUUCCUGGGGUAGCAGGACAGCCGGGUUUACCAGGCUUACCAGGACCACAGGGGCCACCAGGCAUCUCCAUCAAGGGUGAACCAGGGGAUUCGGGUAGCAGAGGCCCUCGUGGGAGGAACGGCCUCAAGGGGGACCGAGGAGGCAUGGGAGAGCCGGGGAAACCUGGCUUGCCAGGCCCUGUAGGGCUAGACGGUGUUCCUGGACUGCCUGGACCACGGGGAGAAAAGGGGAUGGCAGGAACUGGCAUUCCUGGCACUGCUGGCUCGAAGGGGGAAGAAGGAGAGCAGGGGGUGAUGGGCCCUCCAGGAGUACCAGGUCCAAAGGGACUCCCAGGACCUCCAGGGCCGAAGGGAGACCAAGUUUUGGGACCACCAGGCAAGAAAGGUGUGAGGGGAGAUAUUGGACCAACAGGGGCCCUGGGACCACAAGGAGAAAAAGGAAUACAAGGAGACAAAGGAGAGAAGGGAAGCCCAGGUUUUGGCAUUCCUGGUCAGCCUGGGCUGAAGGGAGACCCGGGGGACAGGGGAAAUGUAGGUUUGUCUGGGAAACCAGGUCAAAAGGGGGAAAUAGGUCUGAAGGGAGAGAAAGGUGAACCAGGAGUACCUGGGAAACCAGGCGAGACCGGACUAAGAGGUAAAGAUGGAGAACCAGGAAAGAAAGGCACCUCCGGGACCAAGGGAGAAGCUGGUGCCCCUGGAGAACCAGGAGAAAGAGGAAUGAGGGGCCCACUUGGAUUCCCAGGACGACCUGGAGAGCAGGGCAUAAAAGGCGACACAGGACAACCUGGAAAGGACGGAAUCACUGGAGAGAAGGGAGACAAGGGCGAUUCUGGUAAGCCUGGUCUGCCUGGGACUCCUGGAAGCAUUGUGUCUUCUCUGGAAAACACCAUCACCCUGAAAGGCGAAAAGGGGGAUCGCGGGAAGGAUGGUUUGAAAGGUGAAAGAGGACCUCCAGGCCCAAAGGGAGAGCCCGGUCCACCAGGAAAAGGAGUGGAAAUGAAGGAUCUGGAGAGACUUUUUGAAGAAAAUGGUAUUAAGCUGGCACUGCUGAAGGAUCUCUCCAACGCGCUGCUGCGGAAUGGGCUGGAUGGGCUGGUGCAGCAGUUGGGCAGCUCCAGGACAAGCAAGACCUCCAGGAGAAAGCAGACACUUCCACAGACUGCUAAACAUGGCGAUUCGCUGGUGUUUGAUAUUUCUCCUGAUGCCCUGGCCAGCAGCGAGGUGACAGAAGAAGCACAGAGCCUGGCAGCGGAGCCUCCGUUUAGGGUGCUGGUGUCUGAAGGACCCCAUAAGGGUCCAUCUGCUGGUGAGUACCAGCCCCUGGGGAACACUCCCGAGUCCUUGGAGGAGAGAAGGAAGAAGAGAGACUCGAAAGGGACAAACACUUCUCUCAGCAGUAGCUUGCCUGUGCCCUCCACACACCCCGAAGAUGAUCUGCAAGGAAACCAAUCCAUGGAGCUUCUCAAGUCCUUGGAGAGGAUGGAAGGACAGCCACAGGAGGACACCAGCCUCGAAAAGACGAAUUUGGAUGAUGGCUCUGCACUCCCAAGGCACGUGAGGGCCAGGAGAUCAGCCCAACAGGACAGACAUAUGGUGCAUCCCCCUGGUGCCUCAGGAGCUCUGAAAUCCCCAUCUGGAUCUGCGACGUACCCAGGCCCUCAGCACCCGAGCAGAAUUAAGGUAUAG